GAGUCCACUAGAAUUAUGAAGGCAGACAUAACAUUUAUAAGAGAACGUGUUGGCACUGAGAAGAACCAUCGCACCAGUCUGUUGUUUCGGGGAGGUUGGCGAGCCUGUCUUUCCCUCCUGAUCGGCGGCCCCGCGCCUGGCCACCUGUGUUCCUGGCCCUCGCUCGCCUUGUACCUCCUAUUAGGUAAACAGCACAGUAACACCACGACUUAUACUUGUGACGGCUGUGGUGUAGUGUGUUCGGGACAAGCGGCCACCAUGGGGGCCUACAAGUACAUGCAAGAGAUUUACCGCAAGAAGCAGAGUGAUGUGAUGCGCUUCCUGCUGCGGGUGCGUGCCUGGCAGUACCGUCACCUCAACAAGCUCCACCGCGCUCCACGCCCCACCCGCCCUGAGAAGGCACGGCGCCUCGGCUACAAGGCCAAGCAAGGGUUCGUGAUCUACCGCAUCCGUAUUCGUCGUGGUGGCCGUAAGCGCCCCGUGCCCAAGGGUGCCACCUAUGGCAAGCCCAAGAGCCACGGCGUCAACCAGCUGAAGCCGACCCGCAACCUGCAGUCCCUGGCGGAGGUAGGUGCGGCCACCAUGGGGGCCUACAAGCAUAUGCAACAGAUUUACUGCAAGAAGCAGAGCGAUAUGAUGUGCUUCCUGCUGCGGGUGCGUGCCUGGCAGUACCGUCACCUCAACAAGCUCCACCGCCCCCACCCCACCCGUCCCGAGAAGGCACGGCGCCUCGGCUACAAGGCCAAGCAAGGGUUCGUGAUGUACCACAUCCGUAUUCGCCGUGGUGGCCGCAAGUGCCCCGUGCCCAAGGGUGCCACCUACGGCAAGCCCAAGACCCACGGUGUCAACCAGCUGAAGCCAACCCGCAACCUGCAGGCCCUGGCGGAGGGACAAGCGGCCACCAUGGGGGCUUACAAGUACAUGCAAGAGAUUUACCGCAAGAAGCAGAGCAAUGUGAUGCUAUUCCUGCUGCGGGUGCGUGCCUGGCAGUACCGUCACCUCAACAAGCUCCACCGUGCCCCACGCCCCACCUACCCUGAGAAGGUAUGGCGCCUUGGCUACAAAGUCAAGCAAGGGUUCGUGAUGUACCGCAUCUGUAUUCGCCGCGGUGGCCGCAAGCGCCCCAUGCCCAAGGGUGCCACCUACGGCAAGCCCAAGACCCACGGCGUCAACCAGUUGAAGCCGACCCGCAACCUGCAGUCCCUGGUGGAGGGACAAGCGGCCACCAUGGGGGCCUACAAGUACAUGCAAGAGAUUUACCGCAAGAAGCAGAGCAAUGUGAUGCGCUUCCUGCUGCGGGUGCGUGCCUUGCAGUACCGUCACCUCAACAAGCUCCACCGUGCCCCACGCCCCACCUGCCCUGAGAAGGUAUGGCGCCUUGGCUACAAAGUCAAGCAAGGGUUCGUGAUGUACCGCAUCCGUAUUCACCGCGGUGGCCGCAAGCGCCCCAUGCCCAGGGGUUCCACCUACGGCAAGCCCAAGACCCACGGCGUCAACCAGUUGAAGCCGACCCACAACCUGCAGUCCCUGGCGGAGGAGCGCACGGGGCGUCGCCUGGGUGGCCUGUGUUUCCUGAACAGCUACUGGGUGGUUCAGGACUCCACCUACAAGUACUACGAGGUCAUUCUGGUGGGCAUCUGGCACAACGUGGUGCGCAAGGACACCUCUCUCGACUGGAUUUGCAAGCAUACACACAAGCACAGGGAGAUGCGUGGCAAGACCUCUGCCGGCAGGAAGCACUGUGGACUAGGCCGAGGCUUCCACUUCUCCCAGACCAACGGAGGCUCCCGCCGUGCUCACUGGCUGCGCCACAAUUCUUUAUCUCUUCGCAGGAAGUGUUAAAAUCACCAUCUGGUGUUAUUUCUUUAAUUAAAAAAAUCAAUGUGCAAA